CCAGGUUCAUGGUUGAGGUGAGGUUAUAUGUUCUAUGCUAGCUGAUUUAUGCCCAUGUUGACAAAUGUAAUUGUUAGUUUAUUCAAGAUGCAAGAUACAAAACGAUAACUUAGUGUGAUCUGCAAGAAACCACUAUGUCAAAAUUUUCAUAUAGCUUCGACGAAGAUUGUGUUGAACGAAUUAACAAGGAAAAAAUAUAUAUACAAACUGAUGGCUUUGGGUUUGGGUCAUACGAAGAUAGAAAGAAGUAAAAAUUGGUCCAAGAGUUCGUAUCGCCACUCCAAUCGUCAAGAUCUUCUCACCGUCAAAAUAGAGUGGAUGUUGAGAUCGAGAAAAGAAUACGACGAAAAAGGAAAAAAGAAGUAUUGAGAAAUUCAUUCAUUGUAUUUUUUGAUUAAAGUUGAAGAUGAAAAAGCAAAAGAGAAAUCUGUUUCUUCUAUCCAACACGUCCUCCUCUUUGGGUUUGCACAAAACGCGGCCUUCAUCUUGUGGCGUUGACGAUUCAUUCAUUCAUUCAUUCUCCUCAUCACAUUCUCCUCUCCUUCUCCUUCUCCUUCUCCUUCUCCUACGAUAAUAAUUCACCCCACUUCACUUUUCCUUUCAUCCUCUCUCUCAUUUCUCCAAUUUUCCACUCCUUUAUUCAAAUUCCAACAAACCCAUGACUGGAAAAGAGAUUCUCCACAAGAUGAAGGAAAAAGUUGGGCUGUGCUCGUCCGAUCCAGACUCGGGAAAAGGAAAGAGCAAGAUGUCCAAGCAUGUCACACAUGGCUUUCACCUGGUGGAAGGGAAAUCAAAUCAUGCCAUGGAAGAUUAUUUCGUUGCAGAGUUUAAGCAAGUUGAUCAUCAUGAGCUUGGUUUAUUUGCAAUCUUCGAUGGCCAUUUGAGCAAUUCUAUUCCUGAUUAUUUACGGUCACACUUAUUUUCUAAUAUAAUAAAUGAGCCCGAUUUCUGGACCGAUCCAAAGAAUGCUGUUAGGAAAGCAUACGAGCAAACUGAUGCUUACAUUUUAGAGAAAGCUGUUGAUUUUAGUCAUGGAGGUUCAACCGCUGUCACAGCCAUAUUGAUUGACUGUAAGACACUAGUAGUGGGCAAUGUGGGGGACUCCCGUGCCGUUAUUUGUAUUAAAGGAAAGGGCAAACAAUUAUCAAUUGAUCAUGAGCCAAGCGUUGAAAGAAAAAGCAUUGAGGACAGAGGUGGUUUUGUAUCGAACUUCCCUGGAGACGUUCCACGUGUUGAUGGGCAGUUGGCGGUUGCAAGGGCAUUUGGUGAUAGGAGCUUAAAGAAACAUUUGAGUUCAGAGCCUUAUGUGGUAGAGGAGACAGUAGAUGACGAUACCGAAUUUGUUAUCUUAGCAAGCGAUGGAUUGUGGAAGGUCAUGUCAAACGAAGAAGCCGUGGAGUCAAUCAUGCAUAUAAAAGACGCCCAUGCAGCUGCGAAACACCUGACAGAGGAGGCCCUCAAAAGGAAGAGCAAAGAUGAUAUCUCUUGUAUAGUUGUGAGAUUUCACUGAGUUUCAUCAUGGAUUUGUGGUUCUGUCCCAACAGCUGAAAAAUGGAAGAACAUAAAGAACUAGUUCCAAAGCUCUUUUCUCUCUCUCUCUCUCUUCGAUGUAUUGGGAAUCCCAAAUAAACUUAGUUGUGGAUUUUAGUCAAACAUGAACUUAUAUAUAUCCCCUGUAUGGCUGUAUCAAAUGCUUCUCUGCGGUUGAUGUUAAAUCUUCUGAACUUCUGUUUUAUGACCUACCACAAAUCUGUCCAUUUUUCAA